GUCUCUCUGCCGAAGUCGCCGCAGCACUCCUCGCAGGAGGCCGCCGCGGCGGCGCCGGGCGGCCGCCGGGCGCCGGCGGAGCUGCCCGCGGGCUGCCGCGGCGCGCUGGGGUGCCUCGGCGGCUGCCUCGCGGGCGUGCGCCUCGGCGUCGCCGCGGCGGCGCCCGCGGGCGCGUAG